AUGAGUGACAGGAGGCGAUCUGCCGCUGCUCUGAGCUCGAGAGCGCACGCCUUUUCGGUGGAAGCCCUGAUCGGGUCAAACAAGAAGAGAAAGCUCCGCGCCUGGGAGGAAAAGGAGCUGGAGUUGUCUAUGGAGAGCCUCGCCACCAACGGACAAUUAGGAGACGGCGACGACCCUGUGCAUUGUCUAGAUAUCGAGCCCGAUUCGGAGGCGAGCCCCGGAUCAGACGACGAGGGUUUGGCGGAGAGGACGUCGUGCUCCUUCGGCUCCCCCGCGGACCUGGCCCCGGCGGCCUGCGAGCCGUCUCCCGCUGCCUCCAUGGAGGAGAUUCAGGUGGAGCUGCAGUGCGCAGACCUCUGGAAGCGCUUCCAUGAAAUUGGCACGGAGAUGAUCAUCACUAAAGCGGGGAGGCGGAUGUUCCCUGCAAUGAGAGUAAAGAUCGUGGGUCUUGACCCCCAUCAGCAGUAUUACAUAGCCAUGGACAUUGUUCCUGUGGACAAUAAGAGAUACAGGUAUGUGUACCACAGCUCCAAGUGGAUGGUGGCGGGGAACGCAGACUCCCCCGUGCCCCCGCGGGUCUACAUCCACCCAGACUCCCUGGCCUCUGGAGACACCUGGAUGAGGCAGGUGGUCAGCUUCGACAAACUCAAACUCACCAACAAUGAGCUGGAUGACCAGGGCCAUAUCAUCCUCCACUCCAUGCAUAAGUACCAGCCUCGUGUCCAUGUGAUCAGGAAGGACUUCAGCAGUGACCUGUCCCCCACCAAGCCUGUUCCCAGCGGAGAGGGAGUGAAGACCUUCAGCUUCCCUGAGACUGUCUUCACCACUGUCACCGCCUACCAGAACCAACAGAUAACAAGACUAAAGAUCGACCGCAACCCAUUUGCUAAAGGAUUUCGGGAUUCAGGCAGAAACAGGACUGGUCUGGAGGCGAUCAUGGAGACCUAUGCAUUCUGGAGACCGCCUGUGAGGACACUCACGUUUGAGGACUUCACCAACAUGCAGAAACAGCAAGGAGGAAGCACGGGCACCUCUCCCACCACCUCCAGCACAGGAACCCCCUCCCCUUCUGGUGCAGCCCACCUCCUGUCCCCCUCCUGCUCACCGCCUACCUUCCACCUGGCCCCCAACACCUUCAACGUGGGCUGCAGGGAGAGCCAGUUGUGCAGCAUGGGGUUGUCUGAGUACCCGGCCUGCGCCCGCAGCAACAUGGCGGCCCUACAGGGCUACGGGGGCCUGGCUGACAGCUCCUACGGACGCCUCCAGGCAGCAGGGGGCUCUGUGGCCUCCACCCAGCAGUCUGAAUCGUUCCUGCCCCAGAGGACUUCCUCCCUGAUUGCUGCGGGAAUGCAGGGGGGCGGCCAUGGCUCACUGUCCGGUGGCAGCAGUGGAAGCGCUGGCGGAAAGAUGGAUGCCUAUGGAGGUCAGCUGACCUCGUUCCCAGCCUCCCAGCUGCAGUAUGUGAUGCAGGCGGGCUCUAGCUCCGCUUCUGGCUCUUCCUCCUCUGGCUCCUCCCCCUCAUCCGCCCACAUGUUCAGCGGGGGCCACCACCAUGUGCAACAGGGGUCCUACAACGCCUUCUCACUCCACAACCCCUACAACCUGUAUGGAUACAACUUCCCCACCUCCCCUCGUCUGGCUGCCAGCCCCGAGAAGCCCCAGGGCGGCCUCCUGUGUUCCUCUUCCCCUGCCGGGGCAUUUGCAGAGCGCCAGUACCUGUCCAACGGUGGCAUGGACAGCAUGCACAUGAUCGGCAAUCCCUCCACUGGCCAGCAGGGGGCAGGCUCCUGUGAUGGCCGGCAGUAUGGCUCCUCCUCUCAAAUGUCUAUGCACAUCGUGUAA